AUGUCUUGCUCCUGGAAUAGCGGAUCUAUUAGAACAUCAGUCAGUGGUAGCAUUGGAAGUAUUAAAAUGAGUGGGAUAGCAGCAGACCUGGCAAAGGGAUCUGAAUAUAUUCUAAACGGGAAUUUACAUGGAAAUGAUGGUCUACUACAAGGGGGAGAGAAGGAGACAAUGCAGAACCUUAACAUACGGCUGGCUUCAUACCUGGACAAAGUAAAAGCCUUGGAAGAGGCAAAUGCUGAUUUAGAGUCAAAAAUCAAGGAGUGGUACAUCAAACAUCAGGCCAAAAGCACGCCAGCAGAUUACAGCCAUUACUAUCGCAUAAUUGAAGAAUUAAAAAAUAAGAUCUUAAUUGAAAGUACUGAGAAUGCUAGAGUUGUCCUGCAGAUUGACAAUGCCAAGUUGGCUGCUGAAGACUUUAGAAUUAAGUAUGAGAACGAAAUGUGUCUCCUUCAGAAUGUUGAAUCAGAUAUUAGUGGCUUACGCAGAGUGCUUGAUGAGCUAACAUUUUCCAAAUCCACCCUGGUGCCUCAACUUGAAAGCCUUAAAGAGGAGAUUGAGUGUCUGAAGAAGAAUCAUGAAGAAGAAAUUAAGGCCUUAAGGGGACAAAAGGGAGACAUAAAUGUGGAAAUGGAUGCUGCUCCUGGAAUUGAUCUAAGCAAAUUGUUGAACGACAUGAGAGCUCAAUAUGAAAUAAUUGCUGAGGAAAACCGGCAAAAAGCAGCUGAAUGGUUUAAUGAGAAGAGCACAGAAUUGAACAAAGAAAUCUCCCACAGCAGUGAGAUGGUUGAGAGCCAUAAAACCCAACUGACAGAUUUGAGACGCACGCUACAAGAACUGGAAAUUGAGCUUCAAGCCCAACUUGCAAUGAAAAACUCCCUUGAGUGCUCCGUGGCAGAAACAGAGCGAUGCUAUAAUUCUCAACUGAUACAAAUUCAGGGAUAUGUAUUAGAUAUAGAAGAGCAGCUGAGUCAGCUCCGAGGUGACAUGGAGCGCCAGAAUGGUGAAUACAAAAUUCUCUUGGACAUCAAGACUCGUCUAGAAAUGGAGAUAGAGACCUACAGACGGCUGCUUGAUGGAGAGGCAUGGCAACCUAGACCAGUACCAGUCCCUGUAAAAGAGCCAAAUAAAACCAGAAAAGUUACUACCAUUGUGGAGGAGGUGGUGGAUGGCAAGGUCGUAUCCCACAAAGUCAAUGAAACUGAAGAAAAACUGAAAUCAUAA